AUGAUAUCGUCCAGGCCAGACCCAGGCACACCGCCCCACGCAGAACCGCAGCGCACGGCCAACACGACCACGCACCCGCGCACGAGGGCCAGCACCGAGUCGGCGACUCAGCCUCCGCGCCGGACCGAGACGGUGUCAGGCAGCAAACAGCGAUCGCAGUCUGUGCCGAACUUCGAUCUGACCGAGCUCAUGGAUGCGUUGACUUUUCUAGAGCCCACGCCAGUGUUCCCACCCUCCUACAGCACGCUGGUGCCGGGAAAACCCAAACCGGUGUACUCGAACCCAGAUGAGGGGCACGAGCUGCUGCCGGACUAUCUUCCGACUGUUUACAAGAUUACCACGCUAUCGCGCAAAUUGGAGUGGAUCUCGCCGUACGAGCUUGCGCCGCAGCGGCAGUGGCGAUCGGUGAUCGUCGAGCUCAACUCGACACAGCUCAACAUUUACAAUAGAGACGCUGCGGCACGGCCUGCGGGCUGUUUGUCGGCAGACGACGAGAGACUGUAUAAGUCGCGACUCACAACGUCGCACGACUUGCGCGACAAGGCGUCUUUCGCGCAACAGGGCCUGCUCGUGCCCGACAACUUGGUGCGCUCCUACUCGCUUCAGUACGCCAAGGUGGGCAUAGCGACCGACUACAAGAAGAAAAAACAUACGCUGCGGCUGCGUGUCGAGACAGAGCAGUUUCUGCUGGAAUUCCCGACCGUCGAGAGCAUGAUCGAGUGGUACUGCUGUCUGAAUCUAGGAAUCGACAACUCGCUCGACCUGACCCGCCGCGAAAUGCCAAAAUAUAGAACCGUGCCGCGCCGCCGGCGACGCAACAGACAGCACGGCGACUCGCUGAUGGUCGGAUACAGACGGCGGCCGUCGCUUGGGAUGUUCCGGCGGCGCGCAAGCUCGGCAGACCUGUCGUCGCUGGUGUCGAGGUGGAAACGCAAGUUUUCGACGGCGGGCUCGAAACUGGCCGACAUGCGGCACGAUGAGCCGGGUGUGGUGUUUUCGGACGUGUCCGACCACGAGCCGCUGUCGCUGGAGUCGCCUGCGAACGAGAGUGCUGACGAGGCGGAGCCGGACGACGAGAGCGACCAUCUAGACGCGACGUUCGACGACGACGACGGCGACGCGCCUGCGGAGGAGUACGAGUACGCGCAGCACACUCGGCACGGGUCCGACGCGACGCUCGUGACGCUGCUGUCGACGUCGUCUGCCGAGGCCGAAACGGAAGCGAUGCCCGAGCCCACCCCGGUGCUGUCGACGCCGUCAUCGCUGUCGAACGGACUGAGCAGUUCCCCCACGUUGCAGCAGCGCGCCACGCCGUCGACAUCGGUGUCCAGCUCGAGCCUUUCUGCGCCGCCCGAGAAGGAGUUGCGCAUGCAGUACAAGUGGGGGGCCGACCUGCGGCUGCCCUCGCGGCGCAAGAUCUUGCGCGACUCGAUCCGGUGCAUGACAACGUUGACCGCGAACGAGCGCUGGGCGGGCAAGUACGUUGUGCGCGACGCUGCGUCGAUGGACGUGGCUUUGAAAUCAGGGGGUGCCAGUUUCUAUUCCCCAGAUUACACGAUCCCGCACCAGCAGGUGGGGCGCUACUUUGCCGGCGGCGGCGUCGGAGCCGCCCCUCGCCGGCCACAGGGGCUGGAGCGACGGCUCCAGGAGUACGUGGUGAGUCCUUGCGGUUUGAUCCCACGGAUCAACGAGGGUUCGCAGCCAUGA